AUGGGAUUUGAUAUUAUGAACUGGAUCACUUUUCCCAAUCAGUCUUUCCUGAGAAUCAGAGUUGGAGAAAUAAACCCAAUGGAUUCCCAAGGAAAAAUGUUCUAUUCUUCUGAAGAAUUUAUUGUGUGGCCUAGGAGAUUUAACCAGGGUCUCACCUAUGCUCUCCUCAUUGCUCUCCUUUUGUGUUUUCUUUGUGCUUUGUUAUUCAUUGGCCAGCCUUCCAAGAUGACAUGUGUCCUUCGUCAAACUGCAUCUGGCAUCAUCUUCUCAGUGGCCAUCUCUUGUGUUCUGGCCAAGACCAUCAUUGUGGUUGUAGCUUUCAUGGCCACCAAGCCAGGCUCCAAGAUGACCAAGUGGGUGGGGAAAAGACUAGGCAUGUCCAUAGUAUUUUGCUGCUCUUUUAUUCAAGUUAUGAUUUGUACUACAUGGCUGACAACAUCUCCCCCAUUCCCAGAUGAUGACAUGAAUUCAGUAACAGAAGAAAUCAUCUUGGAAUGUAAUGAAGGAUCAGUGUUCAUGUUCUACUGUGUCUUGGGCUUUAUGGGCUUCCUUGCCAUUGUCAGUUUCAUAGUGGCUUUCCUAGCAAGAAAAUUGCCUAACACUUUCAAUGAAGCCAAGCAUAUUACCUUCAGCAUGUUGAUCUUUUGCUGUGUCUGGGUGUCCUUUGUUCCCACAUAUCUGAGCACAAAAGGGAAAUAUAUGGUUGCUGUGGAGAUCUUCUCCAUUAUAGCCUCCAGUGCUGCAUUGCUGAUUUGUAUCUUUUCCCCUAAAUGCUUUAUCAUUCUUUUGAGACCUGAUCUGAACAAGAAAAAGCAGCUAACAAGGAGAAAGCAAUAG